CCUCUUCCUCCUCUUCCUCAGGGCUAAUCCAGGAAGAGAGAAGAGACAGAAAUGGCUGCAGAGAGAACUCCCGGCCGGAGGAAGCAGUGCAUAUUCCGAAAGGCUUUCCAGAGAUUCCCAUUCGGCAAAUGUGAGAGGAAAUCCAGGUCCAACAGCAGUUACGAUGUUUUCAACAUUAACCCAUUGCCUCCGACGGUGGAGAAGUGGUCACCCAAAGACAAGGGCCUCUCCUCUGCCGGCCAAUCCCAGCACUUUGCUCUCGAUGGGACCAACUCCAACCUCAAUGGCCCGGUCCUUCCAAAACUGGAACCGGAUCAAGAAAUGAAACACGUGAUUCUAAUGGAUAAUUCCAGGUUUCACAUGGGACACAUUCCCAUCCCAGUACCUUCCUCCCAACUGCACCUCAACCAGCUCCACCAUCUGCCCAAUGUGCCUACUGACCCUCUGCAGGGGACCCUCAGUACCCAGGAUUUGGACUCUCACUAUCCCAAUGGCUUUCUGCCCCACCAUCUGACUCACUUGAAUGAAAUCCGGCCACCGUCUCCCACUGACUGCAGCAUGGAAAUGGAAGUGGAGAUCGACCCAGAGACGGGAGAAAGAGCCAUGGAGUAGAGGAGCAGAAGUGACCAUCAUUAGGACUAUGGUGACCCCACUCUCCUUACAUAGAGGCCAUGGGCUACUGGAUAUAUACUGUAUGGCAGCCACUCCUGACUUGCUGGUGUUGGUUUUGUGGUGAGACCAGGACAAACAUGGCGGCCAGAAUGUACUGAAGAUACUGAAGACCUGGGUCUCCUGCCAGACUCUUAUCCCGUCAUUUAAAGCAAAUAGUGACCUGGGGGAGCAUUAGGGUUACACACAGCAGAGACUUGCCCAGGUCCCUCAGCAGCCAAUGAGAUGUCGGCUUUUAUUAUAUAAAUUGCACUAGAGAAAAUGUUACUGGUUGUGCUACUGGGGACGGCUCAGAACAUAACCCAGAAUCUUUCUUAUUCUUCUGUCCCACCUCCAGGAGAAGGAGGCAACGUCCCAACAUCUGCCCAGACAGGAGGUCCAACUAGAGAAAGCCACGCCCCCUGCACCUAUAGGUAGUGACUCUGAGUGAUGUCAUGAGUCACAUGGUCUGUAGGGUCAUUGUGGGAGGGCAGCUGAGUCCAAUGGCAGACAUAGAUAUAUUCUUUAUUUUCUAUUUCUAUAGUCUCUCUUUUCCACUGGAAUGUCUCCUGUUGGGGGCAGAUUUGGCAAAGGUCAAGUUUUUUUUAAUACUCUACAGAUUUUGCAAAUUUCUGCAGGUCACUAUUUUUUUUUUACAAAUUCAAAAAAACUAAAUUAAUUUUUUUUGUAAACUUAAAAAAAAAAAAAUGUAAGUCAAAAUGUUUUCACCUAAAUAAGGCAGGAAAGGAAACCCCGAAAAUCUAGGGGUUCUGCUAGAUUGUCUCAAAUAAACUUUUUUACUGGUCGCCCUACAGAGUGGGGUGCUAGGGGUGGCCAAGAAACUACCAACUCCCAUGAUCCCCUAUUAACUCUGUGUGAGGAUGUGAGACAGCGACCUCUAGUGGAGCCGAGAGCCUGCUGGGGUGCAAGUUGCUGUUUCAUCAUCAUUGGGGGGUGUAGGGAUUGUAAUGUGGGGGGGGCACCCUGUAGGGUCAGUAUACAAAUCCCUGCUUUGGGUGACAGUUUCACUGAUACAAUUAUUGUGGUGGAAAAACUGGUUUCUGGUAACUUUGCUCAGUAAAACAUCCCUGUCUGAA